GGCAACCUUUCAGAGUAAAUGGAUGAGGUACCCGCAAAGUAGCAACAAGACACACCAGAAAAAACCUUGCAACCAAGAUGCGACGUAACCUAAUUUAACAUAACUGUAAAUUAAUUUAUUACGAUAACGUCCACGCUACCGUUGUGUACGAUACUGUGUUCUGUCUUUUAAGUUGAUCCCGCCAGGGGCUAACUGUGAAUCUCGUUCUGCCGUCAUCAUUCUGUGACAAUUCAAGUUCCGAACGGAUACGUGAUUUAAGUUGGUGCCAGUGGUGAACGGUAUGUUCAAGGUGCUGCUGUCUGUAUUAGACUGUUAUUAGUAAACGGGGAUAGCUGUUGGUCGGUGAUUGUAGCUCGCUGGCCGUUCCUGUGGGGAACGACCGCUGGGUGGAACACUUGGCGUGGAACAGCGCGUCAUUGUCCAUACGGGGGGACAGCAAAGCGGGAAAGUACGACGUAGAUUUUUCCCUUAAUCUAUCUUGCCAGCCGAUCCUGUUCGUUUGCACAGCUACUAAAAUUCGUGCAGAUGGCGAAUGCCUGUUGAGAUCAGGACAGCGCUCCCGGCUCGAAGAACACCACGGGGCCAGGAGCUGCUAGACAGUUGGACCAUCCAAGGCAAAAGUGGGCCGACCAGAAAGACGGCCGUAAUACCAAAUUCACCAAAGCAAGAAUUAACCGACGGAACAGACGCAAGGUGACCACGUACGUAUCAUACCAUCUAUAUUUCCGUGGCUUACGUGUGCUGAAUGACUAUCUAAUGGAGCUAAAACAGAAAAUGGCUAUUAAUGGUAGCCAUCGAACCACAAUAGUAACGAUUGGCGUCCCAGUUCAGUCGUUGCUAAUUUUUAGUGGUUACCGCUCCUGUCCAUAGGGCUGCCUGUUGAAAGAGCAGCCGGUGCAGCAUCAGGCCGCCGAGGCUCGAAAAACAACAGGGCACCACUUCUUUGGUGGUAGUGAGAGAAGCCCGUGUGUGUGGCAUGCUCGCACAGCCCGAUGCAUCGUAUCCGGGUCCCGUACGUGCACCCGAUCGUGUGCUGCACGUUUAAACGCGCCAUCCGUUUACUACCAUCGGUUCUUUUAAUUGCGUUCGUCCUAUCGCUAAUCUUUGUCACGCUCAUACAGGUGGCAGUGAUUCACUCGCAGCGGCGUGCAAUCUAUCUUCAGCGACGGGUGAAUGGGGUAGUAUCGACAGCAUCGUCCUCACCGCUUUAUGCUCCACAGUCGUCGGCAUCCGCUUACCUGUCAUCGUAUGGAAGUCCCAAUAUCAACGGUGGGGGUAAUUCGAACAGCAUCAACAAUAAUAAUAACUGGGUCGGGGCUGGCCAACAGCAGACCAAAGGUAACCCGUCAGCUGGUGCUACUAGUGGCGGGGUAGGCAGUGCCAGUGGAACUGUUAGCGCUGGCGGGACAGUAAAUCUAGCAGGUUCGAACGGUAAAACCUACGGUCAAAAGCUUCCCGCAGGCAGUCCUUCUGGAGGACCUGGAUCGACUUCGAAGCCGAGCGAACCCGCGCUCCGCAUCGAAGCAAUUCUCGAUCGGAACGCGCCAUCUGUCGAAGACUUUGCCGUGUCCAUUAACAACAACGCUAAUGCGGCUCGAAUACGACGAAUUUUCGAUGCUGUCAAAUGCCAUAUAUCAUCGAACAGUAAUGCCAUAGUCAACAAUACCAACAGCAGUAACAAUAAUAUUAAUGCAACUAACAACAAAAGCAACGAUCAUGGUAAUGCCAACAACAGCAUUAGUAAUGGAAGCAGCAGCUGCAACAACUGCAACUCAUCAAAGCCAAUUGCGACGGCGGCAGCCACGAGUGACGUUUUAAGUGGCACUGGCGAAAGAAGCCCCAACAGGGGCACUACAUACAGCGCUAGCAACAAUCGCGAUGACCACAAUGACAGCGUGGCAGCGAGUGCCGGCGAAGCAGGAAAUAGUGCAAGUGGCAACAGUAACAACAACGACAAGGCGGAUCGUUUGUCGGCCACAGCAACAUCUACGACGACAACCUCAACAACGAUAGGAACAACAACAACGUUGUCAUCUGCAACAGUCGCCCCACGGGAGGCCCCUCGCCCACUGGCCCAAAUCAACGAUGAGGCGUGCGGGGGCUCAAACGUCACCCUUUGCCCAGAAGUGCCUUCGGGGUUACGUGGUCGAUUAAAAGUGGACUUUUUGGAUCAUACAGCUGACAGCUCAUGGGAGGGCGCUUCAGCACUGAGUACAGUGGCGGUAGGAGGUUGCUGGGAGCCAGACGCUUGCAUAGCACGCCAUCGAGUAGCUAUUGUAAUCCCUUUCCGGGAUCGUGCAGAACACCUCCAGCUGCUGCUACAACACCUGCACCCCAUCCUGCAGCGGCAGAUGCUCUCUUACAAAGUAUUCGUUAUCGAACAGUAUGGCAAUGAUACGUUCAACAAAGGGGUGCUGUUGAACGCCGGUGCUCGAGAGGCGCUGCAGGACGCAAAGGACUAUGAGUGCCUGGUGUUUCAUGAUGUGGACCUCAUACCCGAGGAUGAUCGCAACUUAUACUCUUGUCCUACGCUGCCGCGACACAUGUCUGUUGCGGUCGACAAAUUCAACUACACGUUACCUUAUGUACAGUUGGUGGGAGGAGUGUUCUCGGUGACGGUGCGGGAUUUCGUGCAGCUCAACGGGUACUCGAAUUUAUACUGGGGUUGGGGUGGGGAGGAUGACGAUAUGGCUCAUAGGAUAAAACAUAAGAAAUUGAAGAUCGUUCGUCCACCGGCGUCUGUAGCUCGCUACACCAUGAUUCGCCAUGCGCACCGGCCCGAGUCUCCAAAUAAUAUCAGGAUGACCUUCAUUCGAAUGGCCUCGUACCGGAUGAAUCGUGACGGGCUUACAACGGCUAAAUACAUAGUGAUGUCUAGACACGCGACGCCGCUGUACACGAAAGUCGUCGUCGACAUCGGGCACAACCACAAAUGGCAUUUUGCCAACCCGCAGAAGCUCAUCGUCAAUCUCUAAGUCGAUCUUCAAACAAACGUAUAAAGCCGGACUCCUGGAGAUCCCUGGAGCUUACUUCAAUCACCCAUCCAGCCUCCGACUAUUUUUUCUAUAGGGCGUGCAUCGACCCGGUACCGAAGUGCUUCGUUUGAGCUUCUGCCAAAGACCACCGCGCGCUCUGAUACUGCUACACUUCGAGCGGCACCUAUAAUAGCAGAUUAGAGCGGGUCGAACUCUCGUAUGCGAAUACGAUACGGCGUAUGACUGGAAGACCAUGCUAAAAAAUCAGUCUAAAAAAGCUAAAUCACAGCCACCAUCAUUAUCCGAAAAUACGAAGGAUUGAAGUGGCCGAAUCAUAUGAGGAAUCUAAUCCUCGACGGAUGGAUAUGGGAACGGCUUAUGUUGAAAGCAAACACCGUAGCCAAGCACUGUCUUGCGAGGCGAUAGCGGAGACGAAAAAACUAAAAUCCUAUAGAGAACAUGUCUUCAUCAGAAAAGUUCGUGCGACCUAGUGCCGUUUGGGUCCAGUCGGCGAGACCCGUUUCACUAGAACUACUACUGAGCUCUGUUUCGAGCUUUACGUCCGGUAUCGCCGUCAGGCAUUUCAGCACACGGCUGGCUACCAAAACGGAACGAAGUCUAUGUUCGGGUUCGAACCCAUACCACAUCGUGUCUCUAAGGCUAGCAGGCAGAUACUUUACCCGCUAAGUUAUAACGGGAACACUGUUAUAGCCUACGAGCUAGAUAGCAAGCCGAACAAGGAUAUCCAAAAGAACCUACUGGUCGAAAUUUAUGACAAGCGUGUUGCUUGAAUAAGCACGAUCCUACUGCUUAACUGGGUUCGCUGUUUGUGAGUGUCCGUGUGAACGUCAGCUUACGACUGAACUGGGUUGACAUAUCGUGUAUCGACGCGUGAAUCUUUCGUAAUACUGCUACUAAACGUUGGGUCGAUAAAUCGUCCAUAACAAUGCAGCAGAAUGGAGAAAAUAGCCCCAUAAUGGUCAAAAACCCAUUUAGAGUAAUUUAGGCUAUCGCAGGCGCUAAUCGUCUAGUCGCAGACGCGCCGUGUAACCGCAUCAAGAAUAGAGGCAACAGUUUUGCAUGUCUGCAAUAGUUUAAUUGGACGUGACAAAAAUCUCUUUUUGUCCUGACAAAGAUACUUGUACCAUACGAUUUGACGCUCGUUGUUAGCAGGUGUUUUGUUGUAGCGAGACCGGAGUUUAUCGCCAUUCGUUGACGGACCUUCUUGGGAAUUUUUUUGCGUGUUGCAUUGGACCUUAUACAAUAUGUGAAUGCUCAGUGACCUACUGCUACAAAGCAAAGGAUUAGAUGAGUAAUGUGCAUUUACGUUCGGGGAUGCCUAAAUCCAUACUUUUAUGCGUGCCUAUGUAUCACAAAGAAAAUGAGGAGUACACCAAUAACAAAGCAGAGACAACAUUAGGAACGACACAAAUUAUCAAUCACUUAAGCUGGCCGGUACGAAUUCGCACUGACUAAUCGUGCGUAUCUGGGACGCAGACACCCGCUCACACACGAUCAUCGUAGACCAUGGAAAGCGUAGUCGCGAUCGUGCCGGCGAGAAUGGACGAAAACAGUGAGGCAUAACGGUAGCACCGAGAACGAGAAACUUUGCUGAAAAAGAACUUGAUGAAAAGCAAUUAGACCCACGGCGUGAAUGUAUAAAUCGGUAGGAAGCAGGCAGUCUGGGAGAAUUGGAGACGGCGCUUGAAGAUUGAGAUGUUGAAAGAGAAGGUUUUUUACGUUGGCAACGAUCGAAGUCGCAGCAGGGAGCAGGCGAACAGUUCGACAAACAAACAUCCGGCAAUCAGUAGUACUCAAGCUGAUGCAUGGAUGGGGGAGAGAAACAGUGGCGCCACGCCCUCGUUGCGCCUGUCAUUGCGCCAUCGUUAUUUAUGGAUACGCACUAUAUACUGUGGUAUAUGUUGAAACAGAGGGGCACAGCAAAGAGUAGGACCAUCGGGAGAACGAAUUGAGAGUUUCCUGAAAGCUGCUAACAAAAAUUAACAUUUUCAAAGAGGCCCGUUUCUUGCUGACCCACUUGUCGCCUUGCCAAAUGUGUGAGCGUAUCGUAGGAGGAGGAUAGGAUUGAUAGAGGACAAGGAUGUGGAGAAUUCUGUAUGCACACGGACAACUUGAGGGGUUUGAGAUGGCCAAGAGUGGCCAAUCAGUGUCGACAGCACACGACAGGGUAAGAAAAAAGACUGGUCUUUAAACUGAAAACCUAACACGAAUAUAUUUGGGGUGACUUUUUGUACAGUGAAGACAAAGGUGUACAUGAAUAAGGAGGCAAACAAAUCUACGGUAGUUAGACUUCUUUCCGCGCAUUUGUACUUCUCGAAAUUUUGGCUAAUGAAAUUGCGAACUUUCUUCGUCUCCGAAUAAAGCAUCACCUAAAACGUAUUUCUUGGUCUUUGCCAAUGAACUUCUUCUAAUCAUUCAGCCAAUGGAGACUUAGCAUCGAACGAAACUGUGUUUAAUGUAACUUAGUCAAUCAACUUGUAUGAAGAUUGUUAUCCGACUGUACAUCGCUAUCAAGCGACGUUUUAGCGAUAACAAAUCAGUCUUGGACUAAACCAGAACAUUAAAAAAUAGAUGGUUAACUUUACAUCCGCAUCAAGCUAUACCAGAUACUUUCUGAUUAUUAUUGUUAUAGUUAAAAGGGGCCAUUCUAUCCAUGAAGUCCACCACACCGUCCAUAGACAUCUGCAUCCAUCGUUAACUGCUGGGAACGAUGCUGUAAUUAAACAGAAAUCAAAUUUAAAAAAUCAAACUAAUGGUAGUUUGAAUAAACUUGGUAAAAGAAAAAGUAUCAAUACCAACAAAAUUAAUUAAAGCUCAUAGAAUUGCACAUUGUUAAGUGUUGUUCCGCUGCUCGCAAAUCGUGUGCGUAUUUAGAUGCCAGCUAGAAUAUCGAGGACGUAAUCCGUUGGAUAGGACACGGAACAUUUGCGGGUCCUUUGGGUUAUCGUCAAUAGAUGAAUCGUGACUUUGUGAAUGUAAAUGUGAAUUAGAAACGGUGAUGAAAAUGGUAUGACUAUUUAGGAUAACAUACAUAGAUAAUUAUUUGAACCAUCUCAGAAAAUGAUGAGAUAAUUAAAUGCUGAUAAUGAUUUCGAUGAAACUAAUGAUAUCUACGAGAAAUAAAACUAACUAUCGAUAAAAUGGAGUCCAAUCUAGAUAAUGAAAAUGUAAAACAAAAGCCAAAUAAGAUUGAACACCAGAAAAUAAAGGUACUACUUUUUGUCGUUGAUAUUUUUCGAA